AUGCUCCGAUAUUUCUUGGGUGCCGCCCUAUUGCUGGCCGUUGCCGCCGAGGAAGUCUGCCCAGCAGGUCCAAACGGGCGGGCACUGACCUGCGCGGCAAGGUGUUGCGAAAGUUUGGAGGGCCCUGGCAGUGUGCAGGGAUACUAUUGCUGCGACAUUCCAAUUCACGAGCGAAGAGCCGAGUCGCCAAAUCACGGCCGACCCGAGCGGUUCUUCAUGGGGACCACGGGCACUAAUUUCCAGGUUGACUACACGAUGCUGUUGAUUGGGUUGAUUGUAUCGAUUGUGCUAUCAGUCCUCCUCUCCUUCUUCUGCUGCCUUCUCUGCAACGGCUGCUGGUUGCACCGACGCAGAAAUCCGCAUAUGUACGAAACCGUCAACGAUUCUGGAUUCUACCCCAUUUGCUGCGGUUUCGGGAUUCCGAUGGGUACUGUAGUUUUCUCCACGCACCCGCCAACAUACCGCGAUGACAGCGAUAUGUACCACGGGAGCAGCACGAGCAGCCUGCCCUCCAGCAAGCAAAGGGUGCGCUUCAACCCUGACGGAACGCCGCGCGGCGUGUUGAAGAACGGCAACAGCCCCAGGAACGAUUAU